AUGCCGCUGGAACUGGAGCUGUGUCCCGGGCGCUGGGUGGGAGGGCAGCAUCCGUGCUUCAUCAUCGCGGAGAUCGGCCAGAACCACCAGGGCGACCUGGACAUAGCCAAGCGCAUGAUCCGCACUGCCAAGGAGUGUGGGGCUGACUGUGCUAAGUUUCAGAAGAGUGAGUUGGAGUUCAAGUUUAACCGGAAGGCCCUGGAGAGACCAUAUACUUCGAAGCAUUCAUGGGGGACGACAUACGGCGAGCAUAAGCGGCAUCUAGAAUUCAGCCACGCCCAGUACAAGGAGCUGCAGCGCUAUGCGCAGGAGAUUGGCAUCUUCUUCACUGCCUCUGGCAUGGAUGAGAUGGCAGUUGAGUUUCUGCAUGAACUGAAUGUCCCGUUUUUCAAAGUUGGAUCUGGUGACACUAACAAUUUUCCUUAUCUGGAGAAGACAGCCAAGAAAGGUCGGCCUAUGGUGAUCUCCAGUGGGAUGCAGUCGAUGGACACCAUGAAGCAAGUAUACCAGAUCGUGAAGCCCCUCAACCCCAACUUCUGCUUCCUCCAGUGCACCAGUGCCUACCCACUGCAGCCGGAGGAUGCCAACCUGCGCGUCAUCUCGGAAUACCAGAAACUCUUUCCCGACAUUCCCAUAGGGUAUUCUGGGCAUGAGACAGGCAUUGCCAUAUCUGUGGCUGCAGUGGCUCUGGGGGCCAAGGUGUUGGAACGUCACAUAACUUUGGACAAAACCUGGAAGGGGAGUGACCACUCAGCCUCGCUGGAGCCUGGAGAACUGGCAGAGCUGGUGCGGUCUGUGCGCCUGGUAGAGCGGGCAUUGGGAUCUCCAACAAAGCAGCUGCUGCCCUGUGAGAUGGCCUGCAACGAGAAGCUGGGCAAGUCUGUGGUGGCCAAAGUGAGAAUCCCCGAAGGCACCGUCCUGACCCUGGACAUGCUCACUGUGAAGGUGGGGGAGCCUAAAGGCUAUCCUCCUGAAGACAUCUUCAACUUAGUGGGCAAGAAGAUGCUAGUCACUGUUGAAGAAGAUGACACAAUCCUGGAAGACUCUGUGGAAAAUCACAGCAAGAAAAUCAAAUCUUAAAAUAAAGUGCCACUCCCUGGCUUCUCAGCCACCCUGCUACUACUGUCCAGUGUAUUGGGUGCACCCUGUCACAGUGGCCACCUGUGUCCAGCCCAUUGGAAAGGAAGAGCCAAUGAAGCCAUUCUACUUUGAGGUGUCCAGCCAGAGAAGGUGGCCCAGAGCAAAUGUAGCUCCUUCAGGGUUUCUGUGUAGCUCUGUUGUCACCUUAAUCCUUCAUGUUCCUACCUACAGAGCAACUCCAGGAACUCGAGAUCUUGAUUCCUCAGACAGUUGAUUUCCCUCCUCUCCUAUCCUGCCCUGGGUUCCCAGAGUGAUCAUUUUGCAUUAGACUGCCUGAGGCCCUGUGGGCAGAGGCAGGCUCACCUGUCUCUGUGAGUAAAGGUUGGGAGAGAGCAAAUUUCCCUUUGGCAAAUCCUCAGGGCACACUCUAUGUCAGUUACCACCAUGGCUCUAAGCAGCCAGCCCCUUCCUCAGAGGGCUAGUCCUCAGACGGGGCAGGUGUAUGCUAACCCAUGGUGCACACAGUGGAUCAGUGAGGCAACUGUUAGAAGGGGAAUGUGAAGAGGGGAAGAACUGUCUGUAUCUGUGCAAGGUGACAGUGUGGCGCAUAGAGCUUAGAUGUCUCAAGUGUGAGGAGGGAUGCAGAAAUGAUCCCUGUGGUAAUCACCAGAGUGUCUUGUCACAUAUGACAGAUUACAAACCCAGGCACAAAGACUCCAUUGUUCGACUUCUUUAAGCUGUGUGAACUUUUUAUAGAGGUUCAUUGUCACAUUUCACUUUGUUCUUUGGAAUCAAUGCUGAGAUUAAUCAUUUUGUUCUUUUCAAGUA